GUGAUUGUGAAAAACAAGGUAUAUAAAAUUGAUAAGAGGCUGGCGUCUUACUUAUAAAUGAUAGCACCACAACUACAAACACACCAAUUCGGAAAAAAUACAUUUCAAACAACAAGGACUAUAUAGUCCAGCGCUAGAUCCAUUUAUUUGUCGAAGCCUCUAAUAGCUGGUUUGGUUAAGGAAGGGAGCAACAUGAAAUUACUGAUUGUCUUGUUUGCCCUGAUGGGCGUUAUUUUGGCAGCUCCUCAAGGAUUUGUCGGAGUCCACGUCGUCCCUGGCGAUAUCCCAGCGCUCCAUAGUGCAGGAAAGCUUCGUGUUCAGGAAGGAAGGGAAGAUUUAAAAGAUGAACACCUGGAAUACCGUAUUGGAUUCAACAGUGAAGGAGGAUUUGGUAGCCAAGGUGUUUAUGGAGUAUCAAGUCCUGAUGUUGGUGGUCAAAGCGGAAGAUUCAAUCUUGAAAGUUCGGGAGUACCUGAAGGUAUGGAUGGAUAUAGCGGAGCAGGUCCACAAGUCGCUGGUCAAAGGGAAGAAUUAAAAGAUGAACACCCGAAAUACCAAAUUGGAUUAAAUAGUGGAGGAGGAUUUGGCAGCCAAGGUGUUUAUGGAGUAUCAAGCCCUGAUGUUGGUGAUCAAAGCGAAAGAUUCAAUCCUGGAAGUUGGGGAGUGUUUGCAGGUAUGGAUGGAUAUAACGGAGCAGAUCCACAAUUCGUUGGUCAAAGGGAAGAAUUAAAAGAUGAACACCCGGAAUACCCAAUUGGAAUCAAUAGUGGAGGAGGAUUUGGCAGCCAAGGUGCUUAUGGAGUAUCGAGUCCUGAUGUUGGUGUUCAAAGCGAAAGAUUCAAUCCUGGAAGUUCGGGAGUGUUUGCAGGUAUGGAUGGAUUUAACGGAGCAGGUCCACAAUUCGUUGGUCAAAGGGAAGAAUUAAAAAAUGGACACCCAGAAUACCCAAUUGGAUUCAACAGUGGAGGAGGAUUUGGUAGUCAAGGUGUUUAUGGAGUAUCAAGUCCUGAUGUUGGUGGUCAAAGCGAAAGAUUCAAUCCUGGAAGUUGGGGAGUGUUUGCUAGUAGGGAUGGAUAUAACGGAGUAGAUCCACAAUUCGUUGGUCAAAGGAAGGAAUUAAAAGAUGAACACCCGGAAUACCAAAUGGGAUUUAAUAGUGGAGGAGGAUUUGGCGGCCAAGGUGUUAAUGGAGUAUCAAGUCCUGAUGUUGGUGGUCAAAGCGGAAAAUGUAAUCCUGGAAGUUGGGGAGUGUUUGCAGGUAUGGAUAGAUAUAACGGAGCAGAUCCACAAUUCGUUGGUCAAAGGGAAGAAUUAAAAGAUGAACACCCGGAAUACCCAAUUGGAUUCAAUAGUGGAGGAGGAUUUGGCAGCCAAGGUGCUUAUGGAGUAUCAAGUCCUGAUGUUGGUGGUCAAAGCGGAAGAUUUAAUCCUGGAAGUUGGGGAGUGUUUGCAGGUAUGGAUGGAUAUAACGGAGCAGAUCCACAAUUCGUUGGUCAAAGGGAAGAAUUAAAAAAUGGACACCCGGAGUACCCAAUUGGAUUCAACAGUGGAGGAGGAUUUGGUAGUCAAGGUGUUUAUGGAGUAUCAAGUCCUGAUGUUGGUGGUCAAAGCGAAAGAUUCAAUCCUGGAAGUUGGGGAGUGUUUGCAAGUAUGGAUGGAUAUAACGGAGCAGAUCCACAAUUCGUUGGUCAAAGAAAGGAAUUAAAAGAUAAACACCCGGAAUACCAAAUUGGAUUCAAUAGUGGAGGAGGAUUUGGCGGCCAAGGUGUUUAUGGAGUAUCAAGUCCUGAUGUUGGUGGUCAAAGCGGAAGAUUUAAUCCUGGAAGUUGGGGAGUGUUUGCAGGUAUGGAUGGAUAUAACGGAGCAGAUCCACAAUUCGUUGGUCAAAGGGAAGAAAUAAAAGAUGAACACCCGGAAUACCAAAUUGGAUUCAAUAGUGGAGGAGGAUUUGGCGGCCAAGGUGUUUAUGGAGUAUCAAGUCCUGAUGUUGGUGGUCAAAGCGAAAGAUUCAAUCUUGCAAAUCUGGGAGGCAAAAGCCAAACAUUAAAUAGCGGACGUGUUGGACUCGAUAAUAGAGGCGCAUAUGGCGUAGCAGGUCCGAAUGUUGGUGGUGAAAGCGAAAGAUUCAAGGGAUUCAGUAACGGAGAAGGAGUUGACGGUCACGUAGGAGCCCAUUUGGUCAAUAACGUUCUUUUUGGUCUGGAGUUGACUGCAAAUCUUUAA